GAGAUCACGGGUCAAAUUCCCGCCCCCCCAAAAGAGGACAUCAUGGGGGGCAAGCUUUUGUCACACUCAGUUAAUUAUUUUAUUUUUUAUUUUUUAAUAAACUUUCUUACAUUUUCAGAAUUUACAAAGAACAAAUAAAAAGAAUAAUUUUAUCCUCAACUACAUAUUCUAAGGUAAAAACAGGUGUUACAAAAUACAUGGUAUAAGAUGUAAGAUAAACAGAGUAACAUUAAAAAAGGGGAAAAAAGGAAGGGGGGGAAAACCAAACCAAUAGUUGCAUAUUCUGUACACAAAGUCCUUCCAACUGGUUUGAGUCCCUCAUGAGUUGGUUGAGUUCCAUCUAUCUCUUCGCGGUUUUGAUUCGACUAUUACAAUUAAAUAAUCUGUGUUUUAUUGUUUUUAUCCAAACAAUAGGAAGAAUUUACCCCCCUUUUCUGUGAAAUUAAUCUAAACACAGCCAAGUGUUGUUAUUGGAACCGUAUUUAUUCAGAUAAUUUUGGAAGCAUCCCCAUUCUUUUUUGACCUUAUCUACCGAGUAGUAAUUAUUUUUAAUGCUUUUCAAUGAUUUUUGAGGAUUUGAGGGGGUAGCUGACUACGCCCCUGAUUAACACGGUGUUACACGGUAUUAAAAACGAAUUUCAAAUGAAGGCGUGUGGACUGAAGAGUCGGCUUCCCGCGCGCCGACGCACCCCGGGGUUUCCCGCGUGUUUUACAAAGCCGCCUCGAGGCCCCGCUCGGCUCUGGCUGCGGCUUCGCACUGCAGAGAAAGCGGCGCCCGGGAGGGCGGCUCCCUUCUCGCCGCGCGGCAGCCAUUGCAGGCGGCGCCUCCUCCCUCGGGGCGAGGCGGAGCGGAGGAAGGAGGCUCGGCCGCCUUUCCCCCGGGGCCUUGAGGAAAGCCCUGGGAAGCGGCCUCCCCGGGGCGGAGCGCCGCCGCCGACGGGACUCGCAACUCCCGCCUCUCGCUCCGAGAUGGCCGGCCGCUUCUCUCCGAGCCGGGGCCGGGCGUAGCGCGGGCGGGUAAGCGGCCCAAGCGGGGAAGGAGGGAGGGUUUUCGGGGAGAUGCCGGGCGGCCACGACCCAUCUUGGCGUUCAAGGGAGCAAUGCAUGGCGCAGGGGAGGGGUCGAAGCGGGUUUUAAUCCGGAUCCGCUCGCCGCGCCGGAUGCAGCGGGGAGGGAAUGUUGCAGCUGCGAAUCGGUCCAGGCGUCGGUGCAGCGGGAGCCUCUCCUUCUGCAUCGCGGACAGAGGCGUCUCUUGCCGGCCCCAGAUCAGCUUCCCCCUUGUCCUCCCUGCGAAAGCUUGGGGUUAAUCCAUUUCGAAGGUCCUUCCCCUGAGCUCCGGUGGGUGCGUGAUCUGGUAGUAGUAAUGGGCCGGUUAGGGCCGCUGCACUCUGCACAUGUUCAGAAGUGCGCUCGACACCCAGGGCUGAGCGCGGGUCUUGAGCUCCAGCACCCCUGAGCUUGUUUCACUGACUCUUUGGAGCCCUGUGCUUCUGGUUCAGGAGGCUUGAGGUAUAGGUGCCAACUCCCUGGGUGCCCAAGCACCGCUGCCAGAUUUACGUAUAAGCUAAACUACGCAUAGUUUAGGGCCCCACUCUCUUGGCCCCCCCCAAAAAAAUUCACUAUUAAUAUACUUCUUCUUAAUUGUAUUUCAGUUCAACAAUUACUUUGAUAAAAUACAUAUUUUGUUAUGCGCAAAUGGCUUUAGAUACCUAUCAGGUCCAUAAAUUUCCAUAUAGCAUAUAUUCAACACAAAAACCAGUGACAAUAUGUUGUUGACAAAGGACAGCUGGGCAUCUAAAGGGCCCCAUUACCUUCAGUAGCUUAGGGCCUCAUCAAACCUAAAUCCGGCCUUGCCAAGCACCCACAAAAUUUCCCAUCAAGGGGCCAGGCACCCACAAAUUUCGGCACCAGGACCAUGCACACUGCAUGGCACCCACAGUCGUGGGACCAAGGUGGCACUCCUGGAUAUGGGGCAGGGCCGUGUUCCUGGUGGUAGUGGGAUUGACAGAUGACCACAGGGGUGCCAACUUGAAUAAAAUAUGGGGGGGGGGAGGUAAGCCCCACCCUGCAUAAUCGAUCGCAUGAUGGGGCACACCCACACUAUUUGAACGGCAAUGCGCAUCAACUUGGGGGAGGCAAAUUUUAUUGGGGUGGGAAGAAGGAUGGCGAUUUGUCAGGGAUGCUUUAGCUGAGAUUCCUGCAUUGCAAGGGGCUGGACUAGAUGACUCUUGGGGUCCCUUCAAACUCUUAUGAUUCUAUGAAGGGACCCUGGCCCCUUGGAGUUGGCUCCUAUGGAUGACCGUGUUUGCCCCCCUCUGUCCCUGAGAAGCCGUGGUAUGGCUGAAGUGGGGAAAGAGAGAGAAGGGGGAACAUAGCAGGGAGGAACUCUGUACAUGGCUAGGAGCACUUUGACCAAUUGCUACAACUGGCAGAAAAAUCAUAAAGUGGCCCACCAAGACCCUCAGCAGUUUUAAAGAGCUCCUGGGAAAACACUGUGGUAGAGAGAAUCUGGUCAGUGGUCCAGUGGGUCUCAUGCGACAGGUAAAGGUGCUUAACCUCCCCCCUGUUCUCUUAUCACCAACCUGAAGCUCAAUGCACCCCUCAGUCCAUGCAGGGGACGUGGGUGGCGUUGUGGUUUAAACCACUGCUGAUCAGAAGGUUGGUGGUUCGAAUCCCCUCAACGGGGUGAGCUCCCGUUGCUCUGUCCCAGCUUCUGCCAACCUAGCACUUCGAAAGCACACCAGUGCAAGUAGAUAAAUAGGUACCACUGUGACGGGAAAAUAAACAGCUUUUCUGUGUGCUCUGGCACUCGUCACGGUGUCCCAUUGCGCCAGAAGCGGUUUAGUCGUGCUGGCCACGUGACCUGGAAAGCUGUCUGUGGACAAACACCGGAAAGCGAGAUGAGCGCCGCAACCCCAGAGUCACCUUUGACUGGACUUAACCGUCCAGGGGUCCUUUACCUUUACCUUACCAUACAGGGGAAGCCUUUGCAUGUGGACAGAGGGAGGACGGACGGAGAUGGGCUUCUACAUCAGCUCCCUCUCCCGAGCGCCCUACGGCAAUGGGGCACCGCCAGAGUCCUCGCGCCCCACUGCCAAGCGCUACCAGGCGGCGCCCAGCUACAACUACAGGUGGACGGAGCUGCACUACGAGGCCAGCCGUGGCAACGUGGAGAAGCUGAAACAACUCCUGCUGACCUCAAGUGUGUGUCCUAUAUAAUGUUUCCAGGUUUCACACAGGGCUAAAAAUGGAGCAAACCAGACUUUGGGAAGGAGAGGGGCCUGUGCGGUGUUUAUUCCCCGCACUCAAACUCCAUAAAAAUAUUGUGCGCAGGCAAUACAAAUGGUGUACUAUACCAAAAAAGAGGGACCGUGGGCAAGGGGUGGCUGUAGUCCACUCCUAAUCCAUAGUCCAUUAUGUAUGGCAUAGAGAAAGCCAGAGAAAAGUUGUGCUUCCUCUCUCCUAACCCUGGGAACUCGUGAAGCUGAAUGUUGGAAGAUUUGGGAUGAACGAAAGAAUGCCCUUCCACAGUUAUACUGUGGAACUCACUGCACCAUGAAGCAGCAUGGCCACCGACUUGGGUGGCUUUAAAAGAGGAUUAGAUGAAAGUCACGGAGGGGAGGGCUAUCGAGGGCAACUGGCCGCAAUGGCUAGACCAGGGGUCAGCAACCUUUUUCAGCUGUGGGUCGGUCCAGCAUCCCUCAGACCAUGUGGUGGGCCGGACUAUAUUUUUUUGGGGGGAAAUGAACGAAUUCCUAUGCCCCACAAAUAACCCAGAGAUGCAUUUUAAAUAAAAGGACACAUCCUACUCGUGUAAAAACACGCUGAUUCUUGGACUGUCCGUAGGCUGGAUUGAGAAGGCGAUUGGGCCGCAUCCAGCCCACGAGCCUUAUUAUUUUUAUUUAUUUAUUUAUUUAUGCCCCACCCAUCUGGCUGGGUUUCCCCAGCCACUGUGGGCGGCUUCCAACAAAACACUAAAAUAGUGGGCUGGACUCUACCUCCCCAGCGAUGCUUCCGGGUACCAGUUGCUGGAAACCACAGGUGGGGAGAGGGCUCUUGUGCUUGGGGGGCAUCUGUGAGAACAAGAUGCUGGACUAGUUGGGCCACUGGCCCGAUCCGGCCGGCUUUUCUUAAGUCCUCAGUUUGUUUCCAUGUUGCACUGUUUUUCUGGAAGGUGCUCAUCUCCCCUUUGGUUUCAGGCAGGGAGCUGGUGGACAGGAAAGAUUAUUACGGCAAGACGGCCCUCUACUGGGCGGCCUACAAGGGGCAGAGGCAUUCGGUGGAGCUGCUCUUGCAGCACGGCGCCAACGUCAACACCUGCUGCAAACACGGGGGGACCCCUCUCCACGCGGCCGUCGGCCUCUUCCCCGACUGCACCCUGCUGCUGAUCCAGGUAAUGUUGUCAGAGGUGCCGCUCCUUAUCAUCCCGUCCUGCAGCAAUUGGUGUUCGCCAGUGCGAUGUAGUGGUUAAGAGCGGUGGACUCGUAAUCUGGUGAACCGGGUUCGGUUCCCCGCUCCUCCACCUGCAGCUGCUGGGUGACCUUGGGCCAGUCACACUUCUCUGAAGUCUCUCAGCCCCACUCACCUCACAGAGUGUUUGUUGUGGGGGAGGAAGGGAAAGGAGAUUGUUAGCCGCUUUGAGACUCCUUAAAGGGAGUGAAAGGCGGGAUAUCAAAUCCAAACUCCUCCUCUUCCCUCCAUGGAAGCCUUAGGGCAAGGGCCAUCGUCCAGGGGUUAAGCCCCUGCCUUGCAUGCAGAAGGCCCCAGGUUCAAUCCUGGCAUCUCUUAAGGUGGGAUGAGAGAACCUCCUUAUCUGGAAAGCUGCUGCUGCCAGCCAGUGCUGGUGACGCUGAGGUAGGUGGGCCAAUGGUGUAAGGCAGAUUUCUCUGCUCCUAAUCCGCAUCCCUGCUGCUAGGAUCCAGAGGGGCAUGGUGGCCUGUUGACAGGAAUAAUAAUAAUAAUAAUAAUAAUAAUAAUAAUAAUAAUAAUAAUAAAUAAAUAGUUAAUUAUCUGUGUAUUGAUUGUGGUCUGACUUCAUUUACUUAUUCAGAGGUUUCUCUGCACAAGGCAUUUCAUUAUUUUGUUUUUAAAAAAUUAUUAGUUUUACAUUUUGAUUUUACAUUCAAACAUAAAAUACCACCAUAAAAAAAUAAUUCUCUGACUUCCUUCCUCCCCUCCGUGGAGUCCACAGAUAGUCACUUUCCACUGUGUAUCAUAUCGUCAUCUGUCUCUCCAAUAUACUCAAUAUUAACUGUUCUUUUUCACAUUGCAAGUGUUAUUGCAGUUCCUAAUAUUUUUAACUGUUUACAGUUUUCUCUCAGAUAAGCUACAAAUUUCCCUCAGUCUUUAUUGACAUUUUUAUCAUCCUGGUUUCUGAUUUCCCCAGUCGUUUUAACCAUUUCGGCAUAGUCCAUCAGUUUUGUUAUCCAUUCCUCUCUUGUAUAGGGAUCUUCUCUUCCUAAGAGUAUCCAGGCUGCCGUUGUUGCGUACAUAAACAGCUUUCCCCCCCCCCCCUUGGUAUUUUUUGCUCCACGAGGCAUUUUAAGGCAGCUUCCUCCAUUCCUAGCUGCCAUUCCUGAGAGUGGCAGGAGGAAGGGAGGGCAAAUUCAAUCACUGCAGGAAAUUAUUUACACAGAAGCCGUUCUGUUUGGCCUGUGGUGGGUGGAGGGGGAAUCAGGUACCUGUUGCAUCCGAUUUGGCCCUAAAGAUGCCCAGGAUGGACUUCUGGACUUUGCUCACACCAUAUGGCUUCAGCAAGCCAGGACAUGGUGGGGGGUGAGGUCUGUGGUGCUAAUGACGUCUUGUUUCUCCUCAGCACGGCGCAGAUGUGAAUCUGAAGGACAACUGGGGAGUGACCCCUAUGUACCUGGCUGCUUGCAGUGGACAGACAGAGUGCAUCCGGUUGCUGGUGCAGGCAGGGGCCUGCAUCUGCUACAGAAACAAGGUAGCCCAUUACUAAAGACCAGGGGUCAGCAAACUUUUUCAGCAGGGGGCCAGUCCACUGUUCCUCAGACCUUGUGGGGGGCCAGACUAUAUUUUGGAAGAAAAAAACCUGAAUUCCUAUGCCCCACAAAUAACCCAGAGAUGCAUUUUAAAUAAAAGCACGCAUUCUACUCAUGUAAAAACACCAGGCAGGCCCCACAAAUAACCCAGAGAUGCAUUUUAAAUAAAAGGAUACAUUCUACUCAUGUAAAAACACGCUGAUUCCCAGACCAUCCGCGGGCCGGACUGAGAAGGCGAUUGGGCCGGAUCUGGCCCCCAGGCCUUAGUUUGCCUACCCAUGCUAAAGACUGUGGGAAUGUCCAGGGAGGCAGAAGAGGACAUAUUGUUUAUUAAUUUCCUUCCUAACUUGCGCUAGCAAGUUCCUUUACUUAGCAGAGUUUCACAUUCCCCUUUUAAAUGCACGGCAGGUAGCUGGCUGCAGGCUUGUGUAAGCCUCCCACUGUUGGGUUCCUGGUAAGUUCCCUUAUAUCCCUCUUAAAAGAAUGAACACGCCACAAUCUUGUGUAAAGUAUAUGAAAGUAGCUUACUCACAUUCUGUUUACAGUUGGAUCCCUGAAGGCAGACUUAGUUACAAAGUAUAUACAUGUGAAGGUAUCCCCUAUGGGGAUAAUCUCAGUGUCCUCCAUUGGCUGGAAGCCAACAGAACAUCUCUAGCUACAAGUUGCUCCAACGGCAGAGGAAGUCAAAAAGAGAGUGCUACGUGCCUUGUCCUUUUUGUUACCUGGACAGGUAAGGUCACACCCACCUCUAGUCACAUGCAAAGGAAGUAUGUCCCAGCCAGGAGGAAACAGGAAGUUUUCAACUGGCUGGACCAAACAUUCCCCCGCAUGUCCACUCUAGGAAAACAAGGAAGGUUGCACUUGACUGCUACGUACGUAUCACAUCCCGCAAAGACCAGCGUAGGGAGUCCCCAAAAUUGGUCUUCCCACACAUAGAGAGCUGCCUGCUAGGGCCGCCCAACUUUUCAUACCAAGUGGGCUGCAAGAGUCCUACGACGCAGAGCACAAACCAAGUUCAGUUUCUGUAUUGGAAAUUAAAGUCAUCGCAACUUAUUGUAGAAUCAUAGAAUCCUAGAGUUACAUAUAUUUUUAAUUAAAUUUUCUAAAUUACAUUUCAAAAUGUUCAUUUCAACAGUCUUCAAUCAAUGACCUCCCUUCUUCUCCUUCCGCAGUUCAUUUUGCAUACCCUACAUCCCUACAUCUUUUACAUGAACUAAACCAUUCAGUAAUCCAUUGUUACAUCCAUCAAAAUUUAUUUACACUGUUGAAUUUAUCUUUAUGCUACCAGGGUUUUUAAAUGUACACAAUUUUCACCCAUAUAGUCAGUAAACAUUUUCCAGUCUUCUUUCAAUGUGCAUUCUUCUUGUUCUCUUAUUCUAUAUGUUAAGUCUUCAAGCCGUGCGUAUUCCAUCAGUUUAAGUUGCUAUUCUUCUUUGGUUGGGACCUCGCUUGUUUUCCAAUUUUAUAGAAUCUUAGAGUUGGAAGGGAACCCAAGGGUCAUCUAGCCCAACCCCCUGCGGUGCAGGAAUCUCGGCAAAAUCAUCCACGACAGUCAGCCAUCCAUUAGUAUUAUUUGAUAUAUACAAUUAAUAUAAAUGUAUAGAAUUAAAUGCACAAUUAAUAGAUUAAAUAUAUCUAAUUAUUAAACAAAUUUAAUACACAAAGAGAUGUGUGCAUUUCGUUAACAGUGCAUGGCAGAAACGUAUGUUUUUAAGGCUUUAAGAUGUUUUCUCUUGAAUGUUGCUGAGGGCUGUUGAAAAAUGGCCUUUCAGGCUGCAUGGGGCCUGUGGGCUGCAAGCUGGCUCAUCUAACUCAAUAUUGCCCACUCUGUCUGGCAGCAGCUCUAUAGAGUUGUUGUCAGUGUUCUCUCCCAACCCUACCUAGAGAUUACAGAGUCACAAUAAAGUCCUCUUCAGUACUUUUCCCAGCAACAAUAAAUAUUAUUAGUAAGUAGUAUAGGUGAUGGCUAAUAAUAAUAAUAAUAAUAGUAAAGGUAAAGGGACCCCUGACCAUUAGGUCCAGUCGUGGCCGACUCUGGGGUUGCGGUGCUCAUCUUGCUUUAUUGGCCGAGGGAGCCGGCGCACAGCUUCCGGGUCAUGUGGCCAGCAUGACUAAGCCGCUUCUGGCGAACCAGAGCAGUGCACGGAAGCGCUGUUUACCUUCCCGCCGGAGCGGUACCUAUUUAUCUACUUGCACGUUGACAUGCUUUCGAACUGCUAGGUUGGCAGGAACUGGGACCGAGCAAUGGCAGUUCAGCCUGUCGCGGGGAUUUGAACCGCCGGCCUUCUGAUCAGCAAGCCCAAGAGGCUUAGUGGUUUAGAUAGACUACAGCGCCACCCACAUCCAAUAAUAAUAAUAAUAAUUAUAAUAAUUAUAAUAAUAUCUAAUACCAAGUGGCAAAGAUCCUCCGUUUCCCAGGUUAGCUUCACUGCUACACUGCCUUUCUUCCACCUGACCUCUCGCCACCCAAACCGAAGAAUUGCCCGUGUGCCAGCCCAACUCAGAGUAGACCCUUUGGUGUUAAGGAACAGGGCUAACUCACUAAUUUCAGUGCGCCUCCUCCAAAUAGGCCUUUGGGAACGCAGCCCGAAACGCUGUUUUUUCUCUCUUUUCCGGCUGCAGAAAACAGGAGCCCCUCCCAAGCGCCUCGUCUCGCAGCCGGCGUUGAUGUCCUGGAUGGAUUCCUGCCGCCAGCAGCCCCUUUCCCUCAAGCACCUCAGCCGCCUCUCCAUCCGGACUGCCCUGGGUCACAGGAGACUCCAAGCCAUCAAGGACUUCAACCUUCCUCCGCUGCUGAAGCAAUACCUUAUGUUUGAAGACCUGGCUCUGCUCGACGGGUUGUAGCCACGCGGGCGCAGAAUCGGCUCCUCUUGGCUGGCGCUGUUUCUCUGCCGCGGGAGGGCCUGCCGGCGCCUUUUCCGUGCCCGGCAUAUGUCGCCUUUGUCUUUCGACUGGGGUGCCGGCGUCGCCAUCACACAUGGAAGUCGGGCUCUCCAAGAAGGAGACGAGGGGCCGAGAUUACAACUUUUUUAGUUUAGGAGGGAGAGGCGAGUGAAGGGAACAUGCUAGAAAGGCGCAUAAAGCAAUGUGUGGCGCAGAUAAAGAGAACAAAGACGUUUUUUCUCGCACAAGGACCCGGUCGUACAAGGAAGUUCAGUGCUGGGAGACUCCUUUGCACGGCACAUUGUUAAAACGAUGGGGUUUGCUGCCAGAAGAUGCUGCGACGAUCACCAAACUGGGUGGCUAUGAGAGGGGUUUAGGUCACUUCGCGGAGGGUAAGGUUGUCAAUGAUCACAUGGGAUCAGAGGCACGAUUCCUCCGACUAGUGGGAGGAUGUGUGUUGCGUUCAUGUCCUACUUGCAAUUCCCAGGGGCAACUAGAUGGUCACUUUCUGAAAGCGGUUUUUAGCCUAGAUGGGUUCGAUCUGGGGUGUGUGUCUUAUGGUCUUGCGAGUCACUUCCUUCCUUAUUGGCACCCCUUCAUCUCUUCUGCUUGUCACCUGGAUGUCUUGGCAUUUCGAUGGCCGAAUUGCCUUCCUGGAUCAGACCUCUUGUUCCUGACAAAACCUGAUAUUGCUGGGGAGCUUGUAAACUAGGGGCAGGGGGGAGCCUUUUUGGCACAGUAAGUAGGCCAGAUCUUUUAUCUCUCCACAUCCUGACGAGGUGGGCUGCCUGUCAAUCAUCUGACAUUGUGAUGACUGACAGGGGGUUGGUCCCACCCACCUGUCAAAUGUUGACCUACCUGCGGUGGUGAUGGAGUAGUCCGAUUCAAAGCAGCAUCAAGCAGGAUUGAACUCUCUGCUCACCAGCUGAUGAGCAGAGGGUCCAAUCCUGCACUCUAGGGAAGCGGCACCCAGCAGGACUCAACCCUACUCCCCUGCCUAUCAGGUGAUGUCAUCCGGUGACAUCAGCUGAUGGACAGGUGGACAUGGUUGUGGUGAAAUGGCCUUGUGGGGCUACUUGAACCCUUGGUUGGGUGUCCAGGGGGGUGGAGGUUCCUUACCCCUUUUGUAAGCAGUGCUUGAAGGUGAUUCCUUACCUUCUCCUGCUGCUUGCCCCUGUUAUCUCUAGCUGACUCCACGUGCAUUUUGGAUCAAGGGAAAACAGGCUUCAAGCAUGCAGGACCUACUUUAAGAACAAAACAAACCAGAUCCACAAACCAGAGCCAGGUGCGAAAAGACACACUGUUAGUAUUAGAGAAUUCCAAGCCUACGAAUUUGUUUCAAGUACCACAGAACUGAAAUGGGCUCAUAGUUCUUCCAUACAAAAAAAACCCCACCCAAUAAAGCAAAGCUACUCCUUUGCCCCCUCCCUCAACCCCCACUGUUAAUCAGUGGGGAGUAAGAAAUUCUUGUAAGAAAUCACCCAGAGAUCUUUGGUCCAGGAUAGUAAGAAGUGUUAGCCUGGAAAUUUCCCAGCCAUUUCCAUAGGAUAACUUAAUCCAAUAAGCUAAAAUCUAACAUGGGUGGAUUAGCUUUGGCUCGUAACCAAGAGGAAGGCAUACCAUAUGGUAUCUGUAAUGUCCUCUGAGCUGUACUUGAAUUUAGACACUACUUCUCUAUUACCCCUAAGAUGAGAAGGUGUAACUUGAUGGGCUUUCUUCAGUUCAUCUUCUCCAGUGUGCAGUUUUCAGAAGAAGGGUUGGUGGUCACGUCCCAGUUCUGGAAGAACUUGAGAAACUCUUCCACUUACGCCACCAGAGAAGCAGCAAUAUAAUCCAUUACAUUUGCUCCUUUGUAAGAAAAGUGAAUUCUCCCCUCUCAUCUCCUCUUGUUUUUUGUAUUCAAAAAUUUUAUUGGUUUUCACAAUAUUAUAAACAAACACACACACAAGACAAACAAACAUAAAUCAUAGCCUUAUUGAAAAUUACACUUAUUAACUUUGUUAAGUGACUUCCUCACUUCCCCUUGGUUGAAUUUCAUUGCAUGUCCUUUUAACGGUUUUCCAAAUCCCAAUUCUUAUGAAAUUUAACUUAAACAUUAACAUCCUUAAAUCUUCACCUUAUGGAAUUAAACAUAUUCUCUCAUCCCCUCUUGUACAACCAUUCAACAUACGAAGUUUAUCUUUGACUAAUAAAGUGACCAGAACCUCUCAGGACUUGAUCUGGGAGUCCUUGGAAUUCCUGAUCACUCCAGUUUAAAUGUUCACUUCUUUUCCCACCAAUUCUGGCAUUAAAAUCCUCUGCAAAGCACUAGGGUUUCUAGGAACCUCUUGCCCCAAUUGCUACAAAAAAUUCUCCACGUUCGGCCAUAUGUCCCAGUCGGCAAAGGGUGAUGAAGUUAGGUUGGAUAUGCGCCUUGAUUACAAGAAAAGCUAUAAUUUGAUACCUUAACUGUCCAAACUACUGCAUAACUAUCCACUUUCUCAAGCUGCAAGAUUCUUGUUCUAACUGAUGUUGAGAUUAAUAAAGCUAAUUCAUCACUGGGAUGACCUCUUUUUUCUUUCUUGACCCUGCCAGCACUGAAACAGUGUUGUAUCUGGAGAAAUCAGUUUGUAUCUCAGCAGCUUAGACCUCCUCUUUCUCUUCACCUGUUCCUUUUGCUUGUAUGUUGGCAUCUGUCUGUCUUGGGAGACAAUGGAGGAAUGCACCUUGGGGGGUGAGGUCAAGCUGUUGGAAAGUUGUAGCACCUGUUGUGGCUGUAGAGACCAAAGCGGGAGAGACAUGUUUUGUUUCAGCUGGGGCAGAUGAAGGUGUCCAGUUUUCCUGUUGUUACAGGGGCACCAUGGUGUUUCUUUUCUCUGUGCUCCUCCCAGAGGUCAUUUCUCUUCUUGUCACUGCUGUGGAUACAUGACUUAAGUGUCUGUCUCCAUGAUAAUACCUUACUUUGAUCUUCUCUUAGCCUCAUCUGCUGCUGAAGGUGAGAAUGUAAUGCACAUUGUAGUUCCCUAUGGAAAAUGCAGUUUAAAAAACUUUUAUAUCAAAGGCUUACCACAACUGUUGUUAGGUUUUUGUUUUUGUUGGUAUUUGCUUUUUCCCGUAGCCAAGUAAGAUUGUCUCCCAUAAACACGGUCUUAACAGUGAGUCCGUAAGUGACAGUGGAGACCACAGUGGGGACAUCAGUUUCCAGGCGGGAGUUGAUCACGGUGAGAAUUUGCCAAGCGUGCCUUCCUCUUAGCACAUUUCUCCCUUGCGUCCUGAGUUCGAGUGUCUUCAAAGCCCAUGACACCAUUGGUAAAGGCUGUUCUCCAACUGGAGUGCUCGCAGGCCAGUGUUUCCCAGUUGUCGGUGUUUAUGCUACAUUUUUUUAGAUUUGCCUCGGGAGAGUCUUUAAACCUCUUUUGUUGACCACCAGCAUUACUACGCUACUAUCAAGCUACAAUAGCCAAAGCUUUGGGGGCUAUUAACCUUUAAAGUAGCCUGGGAAAAUGAAAAGGUCAGAAAGGCCACAAUGUGAUGGAUUGGCAGGUGAGCCUUUCUCAAGAAGGCAUUCUACAAGCAGGGGACCACAAUGAAAUCUAGUGGCUAAGAGACUGUGCUACAAAUCAGGAAGACUCUCAUUUGAAUCGUGCCUUUUCCAUGCUAGGUGGGCUUAGAUAAUCUGUCACAGAAGACAAGCAUGCUGCUGCUCCCCUUGUCUGGAGCAUGGUUUCAUUAAACAACACAGUGGAGUAGCCCUUUUUUUGAUGGGGGGGAUUAGUAAUCAUUUGACUAGACUGGGGUGGGGAAUUAUUUUCAGUCUCAGGGCCAAAUUCCUACCUCUGAACGUGAUGAACAUGCUAACCACCUGAAUUUUUAAAAUAAAUAUUUUUUCAAUUUUUUUUUUUUUAAAUUUUAAAUUUUAAAAAAAUGAAAAUCAGCAUUGGAUUUUAAGCCAGGUUUUGGGUGUUGUCAUUAGAAGAAUGAAAGUAAGAGGAAGCAAGAGUUCUCCCUGCAGCAGGGAAAAACAUGGAGCGGCUUCUUUUAGUAGGCAUGUCUGAAUGCACCCCGAGAGUUCACAAGCGCAGUUGCUGAGGCCGUUUCUUUAAAAAACAACACUGCCUUGACAUCACUGUUUUGCCGUCAGAGUUAAUAGUUGUCUUGGUUCUUAAUUUUCAAGGCAGAAGAGUCCUGGGUCUGGCACAAUGUAGGACCCUUUGCUAGAGGACGGUUUGUAUGUAUAUUUCAAACAAUGGAGAGUCUUGUGAAGAGUUUGGAUUUGAUAUCCCGCUUUAUCACUACCCGAAGGAGUCUCAAAGCGGCUAACAUUCUCCUUUCCCUUCCUCCCCCACAACAAACACUCUGUGAGGUGAGUGGGGCUGAGAGACUUCAAAGAAGUGUGACUGGCCCAAGGUCACUCAGCAGCUGCAUGUGGAGGAGCAGGGAAUCGAACCCGGUUCACCAGAUUACAAGUCCACUGCUCUUAACCACUACACCACACUGGCAAAUGUAUUAUUGUGCGAUCAUCAGAUGCAGCAGGCAUGUAUACACAUAGCUUGGGAAUGGGCUGAAGUAAAGUGAGGCUGGAGGGAAACAAAAUGCAAAAAGGACACUGGCAAAUUGCAUAAAAGCAACGGCAAGUGACGAGGCCGUGUUGGUGACAGCGCAAGUAUCAUGGCACUGGUAAGCCUAGGAAUUCAGGCGCAAGUUCUCCUGAGUUCAUGAGGGCUUACUCCUAAGGUUGAUCUUGGCUGAAUUGCUGAGAUCGUCCGCAGGAGCCUUGUUUUUCAUUCCCCGAGUUGGCGAGGCUCAUUUAACAACAACAAGAAACUGAGACUUUCGUGGCAUUGGCCCAGUCCUGUGGAACACCCUGCCAAUUGAGAUUCAGCAGGCUCCUUCUGUGCUAACUUCUAAGUGCCUCCUGGAAACAUUUCUAUUCUGCCAGGUCUAGGCAGGCAAUUAAGAACACAUCUUUCCAUAACAGCUGAUUUCUGUUUUUAAAUGGUUUUUUAUUAUAUGGUUUCUGUUGCUGUAAGCCUUUUUUGUGUGUGUGACAGCGGUAUACGAAUACUUUUAUAAAUAAACAAGGUAGCAUGU